GACUUGCACCGAGCUCGUGGUUCAAAGGCGCGAACUCUCACUUCCUGGUCGCAUCUCCAUUCGCUGCCGUGAAUCAGCCCCGCUCAGGAUGUGCCUUCUUUUUCUUUUCUUUUUUCUUUUUUCAUUUUACGGAUUAAUCUCCUGAGAGUGUGUUCGGAGUUUGAAAAUAAAGCGAGAGGACACACGCUUGGUCUCAGAAGGUUGACAUUAAACAAGCCGGCGUCUCAUGAGAAGUUUGGGUGCCGCUGGUUAUUCCGGGCUCUUACCUGCCGUCCACGUCUUGGAAUCACCACCCGCCAAAGCGUUCUUUCCCACAGGAGGCUUGCAUGCAUCGCUGGCAAGAAACUGCACUUCGUGGUAGACGACAGCAAAGGAGACACCGCCAGCCCUCAGCAGGAGGAUGGAGGGGGGAGCCCAGCAGCGCGGCGACGUGCAGAAGAACAGGAAAACAUGCGCUUCUUCCUGCUCCGGUCUCAAGAUGUUUCUGGUGGCUUUGUCCUUUGCCUAUUUUGCAAAGGCUUUGUCGGGGAGCUACAUGAAGAGCACAAUAACUCAGCUGGAGAGGCGCUUUGACAUCCCCAGUUACCUGGUGGGCAUCAUUGACGGCAGCUUUGAGAUGGGCAACCUGCUGGUCAUCGCUUUCGUCAGUUACUUUGGCGCCAAGCUCCAUCGGCCAAAGAUCAUCGCUGUGGGUUGUGUGCUGAUGUCCAUCGGCACCUUCAUCAUCGCACUGCCUCACUUCAUCACCGGACGUUAUGAAUAUGAAUCGUCUGCACGGUGGGUCGUGAAUUCAACCCUCAACACCUCCCCUUGUUCGGCGGGCUCCACGACUGACCUCACACCAAAUAAUGAAUUGCCCGAAGUGCCAGCCGCAGGUUGCGAAGGAGAUUCUAACCUUUCCAUGUGGAUCUAUGUGCUGCUCGGAAACGUCCUUCGAGGGAUUGGAGAGACUCCUGUCCAACCUCUCGGGAUCUCCUACAUUGACGACUUUGCCACUGAGGAGAACGCUGCAUUGUACGUGGGCUGCGUGCAGACCAUUUCUGUGGUGGGGCCUGUCUUUGGCUACCUCUUGGGGUCUCUCUGUGCAAAAAUCUAUGUGGACAUUGGAUUCGUAAAACUGGAAAGCAUCACUAUAACCCCAGCGGAUUCCCGUUGGGUUGGAGCCUGGUGGUUGGGCUACUUGAUAGCAGGCAUCAUCACCUUACUCUCUGCCAUCCCCUUCUGGUUCCUACCACGCUCUUUGCACGGCCCAGACAAGCCUGAGCAAAGCGGUCUAAUGAAAGACUGCGCCGCCAACCACAAGUAUCCUGCCGAGGAGCGCAUGAGUUUCAUAGAGAUGGCAAAAGACUUUGUUCCGACGGUGCGGACUCUGCUGGGCCAUCCCGUGUACCUGAUCUACUUGUGCGUGACCAUCAUCCAGCUCAACUCCCUCAUCGGCAUGGUGACCUACAAGCCGAAGUACAUCGAGCAGCACUUCCGGCAGUCUGCGUCCAAGGCCAACUUUCUCAUGGGCGUGAUCAACAUUCCGGCCGUCGCUUUCGGGAUCUUCUCCGGCGGCCUCCUGAUGAAGAAGAUGAAGCUGAACAUCAUGGGAGCGGCCAAGUUUGCCUUCGUCACGUCUCUGAUUGGUUACAUCCUGUCCUUGUUCUUCUUCGCCAUGAGCUGCGAGAACGCCAAGAUGGCCGGCGUGACGCUCCCAUACAGCAGCGUGGAGGAGACAUCUAAGGACAAAGAGUCGCUGUUGAACGCCUGCAACGCCAAAUGUUUUUGUGCGGACAACAACUGGGAGCCCGUGUGCGGCGGCGAUGACGUCACCUACGUCUCUCCCUGCCAUGCGGGGUGCAGCCAGUCGACGGGCUCGGGCAAGGACGCCGUGUUCUCCAACUGCAGCUGCAUCGGCGCGGCUGGCAACUUCACGGCCAUCAGAGGUCAGUGCGCCGACAAGGAGGACUGUGACAGGAUGUUCCCGUACUUCUUAGCGCUGUCCGUCAUCACGUCCUUCAUCAUCUCCCUGGGAGGCACGCCAGGCUACAUGCUGCUCAUCAGGUGCAUCAAACCACAGCUCAAAUCCUUCGCUUUGGGAUUCCACGCACUAGCAACACACACUCUUGCCGGGAUCCCAGCACCCAUCUACUUCGGAGCGAUCAUCGACACCACGUGCCUGAAGUGGGCACAGAAGCGAUGCGGCGGACUGGGAGCGUGCAGGAUCUACAACACCACAGCUUACAGGAUAGCCUACCUGGGCCUGACCCUCAGCCUGCGCACCGUCUCCUUCCUCAUCUGCAUCCCGGGCUUCGUCCUGCUGCGUCGCCAGCUGCGGCGGGAGGAGCGCGACGCCCUCCGAGCGACUUCGGCCAACGGCGGCACGGAGCUGGAAGCGCUCAGGAAGGAAGAAUUUGUCUCGGCGAACUCUGAGCGCUCGCAGGCCAGUCAGGACAACGGCACGGCCCGAGAAACUCGACUGUGACUCCCCGCCAGGUGACCUCCACACACACACUCUCGUAUUUCGGACCUUCUGGGGACCUCCCAAAAAAAUGCCUACCUCGUUAGGACCGCCCUUUAUUUAUACAAAUAUACACAUUUGUAUUUACAACAUUAAUACAUACUAUGCAAAUAUAAAACAGUGAGCUUUUAGUUAUUGUUUUUGUUUGUAAUUAAUAUUCAUUAUUUACUUCAAGUUAUUACAGUAUGUUUCUAUAUACAUAUUCUAUUUUUUUUAAUGAAUUUUGGCCAAAGGGGGCACAUUUCAAUUCAUUAUUUCAUAUGUUGGCCAGAGGGGGAGCACUUAACAUUGUUACACACACUUGUUAUUUCAUAUUUUGACCAGAGAGGGAGCACUUCACAUUUUUUUUUACACACACACUUGUUAUUUCAUAUGUUGGCUAGAGGGGGAGUAUUUUAAAUUUUGACACACGGUUGUUGUUUCAUAUGUUGGCCAGAGGGGGAGCACUUCACAUUUUUACACACACUUGUUAUUUCAUAUGUUGGGAAGAGGGGGGAGUAUUUUAAAUUUUGACACACAGUUGUUAUUUCAUAUGUUGGCCAGAGGGGGAGCACUUAACAUUGUUACACACACUUGUUAUUUCAUAUUUUGACCAGAGAGGGAGCACUUCACAUUUUUUUACACACACACUUGUUAUUUCAUAUGUUGGCCAGAGGGGGAGCACUUCACAUUUUUACACACACACUUGCUAUUUCAUAUGAUGGCCAGAGAGGGAGAACUUCACAUUUUUACACACACACUUGUUAUUUCAUAUGUUGGCCAGAGGGGGAGCACUUAACAUUGUUACACACACUUGUUAUUUCAUAUAUUGGCCAGAGGGGGAGCACUUCACAUUUUUACACACACUUGUUAUUUCAUAUGUUGACCAGAGGGGGAGCACUUCACAUUUUUACACACACUUGUUAUUUCAUAUGAUGGCCAGAGGGGGAGCACUUCACAUUUUUACACACACACUUGUUAUUUCAUAUUUUGGCCAGAGGGAGAGCACUUCACAUUUUUACACAAUUAUUUCACAUGUUGUCUGGAGGGGGAGUAUUUCAAAAUUUUACACACAUUUUUUAUUUCAUAUGUUGGCUAGAGGGGGAGCACUUAACAUUGUUACACACACUUGUUAUUUCAUAUGUUGGCCAGAGGGGGAGCACUUAACAUUGUUACACACACUUGUUAUUUCAUAUGUUGGCCAGAGGGGGAGCACUUCACAUUUUUACACACACACUUGCUAUUUCAUAUGAUGGCCAGAGAGGGAGAACUCACAUUUUUACACACACACUUGUUAUUUCAUAUGUUGGCCAGAGGGGGAGCACUUCACAUUUUUACACACACACUUGCUAUUUCAUAUGAUGGCCAGAGAGGGAGAACUUCACAUUUUUACACACACACUUGCUAUUUCAUAUGUUGGCUACAGGGGGAGUAUUUUAAAUUUUGACACACAGUUGUUGUUUCAUAUGUUGGCCAGAGGGGGAGCACUUCACAUUUUUACACACACUUGUUAUUUCAUAUGUUGGGAAGAGGGGGGAGUAUUUUAAAUUUUGACACACAGUUGUUAUUUCAUAUGUUGGCCAGGGGGGGGAGCACUUCACAUUUUUACACACACACUUGUUAUUUCAUAUGUUGGCCAGAGGGGGAGCACUUCACAUUUUUUUUACACACACACUUGUUAUUUCAUAUAUUGGCUAGAGGGGGAGUAUUUUAAAUUUUGACACACAGUUGUUGUUUCAUAUGUUGGCCAGAGGGGGAGCACUUCACAUUUUUACACACACUUGUUAUUUCAUAUGUUGGCUAGAGGGGGAGUAUUUUAAAUUUUGACACACAGUCUUUAUUUCAUAUGUUGGCCAGAGGGGGAGCACUUCACAUUUUUACACACACUUGUUAUUUCAUAUGUUGGCCAGAGGGGGAGCACUUCACAUUUUUACACACACACUUGUUAUUUCAUAUGUUGGCCAGAGGGGGAGCACUUCACAUUUUUACACACACUUAUUUCAUAUUUUGACCAGAGAGGGAGCACUUCACAUUUUUACACACACACUUGUUAUUUCAUAUGUUGGCUAGAGGGGGAGCACUUAACAUUGUUACACACACUUGUUAUUUCAUAUGUUGGCCAGAGGGGGAGCACUUAACAUUGUUACACACACUUGUUAUUUCAUAUGUUGGCCAGAGGGGGAGCACUUCACAUUUUUACACACACUUGUUAUUUCAUAUGUUGACCAGAGAGGGAGCACUUCACAUUUUUACACACACACUUGUUAUUUCAUAUGAUGGCCAGGGGGGGAGCACUUCACAUUUUUCACACACUUAUUUCAUAUUUUGACCAGAGAUGGAGCACUUCACAUUUUUUACACACUUGUUAUUUCAUGUUGGCUAGAGGGGGAGUAUUUUAAAUUUUGAUACACAGUUGUUGUUUCAUAUGUUGGCCAGAGGGGGAGCACUUCACAUUUUUACACACACACUUGUUAUUUCAUAUGUUGGCUAGAGGGGGAGUAUUUUAAAUUUUGACACACAGUUGUUGUUUCAUAUGUUGGCCAGAGGGGGAGCACUUCACAUUUUUACACACAAUUGUUAUUUCAUAUGUUGGCUAGAGGGGGAGUAUUUUAAAUUUUGAUACACAGUUGUUGUUUCAUAUGUUGGCCAGAGGGGGAGCACUUCACAUUUUUACACACACACUUGUUAUUUCAUAUGUUGGCUAGAGGGGGAGUAUUUUAAAUUUUGACACACAGUUGUUGUUUCAUAUGUUGGCCAGAGGGGGAGCACUUCACAUUUUUACACACAAUUGUUAUUUCAUAUGUUGGCUAGAGGGGGAGUAUUUUACAUUUUGACACACAGUUGUUGUUUCAUAUGUUGGCCAGGGGGGGGAGCACUUCACAUUUUUACACACACACUUGUUAUUUCAUAUGUUGGCCAGAGGGGGAGCACUUAACAUUCAUACACACACUUGUUAUUUCAUAUGUUGGCCAGAGGGGGAGCACUUCACAUUUUUACACACUUAUUUCAUAUGUUGGCCAGAGGGGGAGUAUUUCAAAAUUUUACACACAUUUGUUAUUUCAUAUGUUGGCUAGAGGGGGAGUAUUUCAAAUUUUUACAUACAGUUGUUAUUUUACAUGUUGGCUAGAGGGUGAGCACGUCACAUUUUUAUACACACUUGUUAUUUCAUAUGUUGGCCAGAGGGGGAGCACUUAACAUUCAUACACACACUUGUUAUUUCAUAUGUUGGCCAGAGGGGGAGCACUUCACAUUUUUACACACUUAUUUCAUAUGUUGGCCAGAGGGGGAGUAUUUCAAAAUUUUACACACAUUUGUUAUUUCAUAUGUUGGCUAGAGGGGGAGUAUUUCAAAUUUUUACAUACAGUUGUUAUUUUACAUGUUGGCUAGAGGGUGAGCACGUCACAUUUUUAUACACACUUGUUAUUUCAUAUGUUGGCCAGAGGGGGAGCACCUCACAUUUUUACACACACACUUGUUAUUUCAUAUGUUGGCCAGAGGGGGAGCACUUCACAUGUUUACAAACACACUUGUUAUUUCAUAUGUUGGCUAGAGGGGGAGUAUUUUAAAUUUUGACUUACAGUUCUUAUUUCAUAUGUUGGCCAGGGGGGGAGCACUUCACAUUUUUACACACACACUUGUUAUUUCAUAUGUUGGCCAGAGGGGGAGCACUUCACAUGUUUACAAACACACUUGUUAUUUCAUAUGUUGGCUAGAGGGGGAGUAUUUUAAAUUUUGACUUACAGUUCUUAUUUCAUAUGUUGGCCAGGGGGGGAGCACUUCACAUUUUUACACACACACUUGUUAUUUCAUAUCUUGGCUAGAGGGGGAGUAUUUUAAAUGUUGACACACAGUUGUUAUGUCAUAUGUUGGCCAGAGGGGGAGCAGUUCACAUUUUUACACACACACUUGUUAUUUCAUAUGUUGGCUAGAGGGGGAGUAUUUUAAAUGUUGACACACAGUUGUUAUGUCAUAUGUUGGCCAGAGGGGGAGCAGUUCACAUUUUUACACACACACUUGUUAUUUCAUAUGUUGGCUAGAGGGGGAGCACUUCACAUUUUUACACACACACCUGUUAUUUCAUAUGUUGGCCAGAGGGGGCGCACUUCACAUUUUUACACACACUUAUUUCAUAUGUUGGCCAGAGGGGGAGCACUUCACACUUUUACACACACACUUGUUAUUUCAUAUGUUGACCAGACGGGGGAGCACUUUUAAAAGCGACACACAGUUUGAAAAAUCCCUCCUUUUUGGAACCACCCUCAUUUUGAUAGAUUUCACCACCAGGGGUGCAAAUGAAACAUUCUCUAUUAGACGCAACGGUUUUCCCUAUUGGGACCAUGAUUUAUGUCCUUUGUUCACACCUCCUCAUAUGGAAGCUACUUUUCCUUGGCGAUGUCUCAAGAAGGUCAGAAAUACAAGAACUCACACACACACACGAAACCUUCAGGGACUCGUCCAAUCUGAUCGGCUGAUUAGCUUCGUAAAAAAAAUAUGCUCAUCAAUGAAAUAAAUGACACGUAUUUCAUAUAAAUUAAAAAACAACAACAUUUUUGUCAUUUUUAUAUACAUGUGUAUUUAUAUAGUAGUAGCAGCACACUCUUUAAAUAUUAUCUUAUUACCUCAUUAAUAUCUUGUUCAGUCUUUUAUUGUUGUUGCAGAAGGAAAGCGGUGAGAUGACGUCGAUUAAAAAAAAAAAGUGUUUUUAAACACAGUGGAACUUUCAAAGUGGGCGUUCAACCAGCACAAAAUCCGCCUCAAAAGUCAAAGAAGACGUUGUGAUCACGCGUGAUGUCAGGAAAUCUCGCGAGAUUUCGACCGUUAUGUCAACAACACCCAGCAUUAGUGUGACGAUAACCAUAGAAGUGCUCUGCUUAUUUCAAAUAGUUUUUCACGUUGUAGCGAUACAACCUUUCCAUGUUUGAUUCGAUACUGAUAUCGAUCCGAUAUCAGCGGGAAUCAUACAUGCUUUUAUUUUGUAGUGCAUUGGAAUGUUGGACAGAGAACACAUUUAUUAUUAACCGUCUGGAAUGGACUUUAGGUUCAAGUGGGGUAGCAUUUUUUUUGGGGGUGUAAAGAUUAAACGACGUUAAGCUGACGGUGCAGGAAGUUGAAAGAUAGGGUGUAUAUUGUAGCAUCCCGGAAAAGUUAGUGCUGCAAAGGGUUCUGUGUAUUUGUUCCGUUGUGUUACGGUGCGGAUGUUCUGCCAAAAUGUGUUUGUCGUUUUUGUUUGGUGUGGGUUCACAUAUUUGUAACACUGUUAAAGUUGUCUAUAUGGCCACCCCCAGUGUGACCAAGUAUGCCUUGCAUUCACUUACGUGUGUGUUAAUGUAUUGUGUGACUGGGCCGGCACGCUGUUUUGUACGGAGGUGAAGGGGACGUGACGACAGGUUGUAGAGGAUGCUAAAAGCAGUGCUUUUAAGACACGCCCCCGAUAUUUUGGGGGCGUGUUCGGGUGGAAAUCGGGAGAAUGGUUGCCCUGGGAGAUUCUAGGGGAGGGGCACUGAAAUUCGGUAGGCUCGCCGGGAAAAUCGGGAGGGUUGGCAAGUAUGAAUUAGAUGAUCAUAGUAACUAGUUAGAUGACCAUGGUGACUAAUUAGAUGACCAUGGUGACUAAUUAGAUUACCAUGGUAACUAAUUAGAUGACCAUAGUGACUAAUUAGAUGACCAUAGUGAUUAGAUGACCAUAGUAACUAAUUAAAUGACCAUAGUAACUAAUUCGAUAACCAUAGUGACUAAUUAGAUGACCAUGGUGACUAAUUAGAUGACCAUGGUGACUAAUUAGAUUACCAUGGUAACUAAUUAGAUGACCAUAGUGACUAAUUAGAUGACCAUAGUGAUUAGAUGACCAUAGUAACUAAUUAGAUGACCAUAGUGACUAAUUCGAUAACCAUAGUGACUAAUUAGAUGACCAUAGUGACUAAUUAGAUGACCAUAGUGACUAAUUCGAUAACCAUAGUGACUAAUUAGAUGACCAUAGUAACUAAUUAGAUGACCAUAGUAACUAAUUAGAUGACCAUAGUGACUAAUUCGAUAACCAUAGUGACUAAUUAGAUGACCAUAGUGACUAAUUAGAUGACCAUAGUGACUAAUUCGAUAACCAUAGUGACUAAUUAGAUGACCAUAGUAACUAAUUAGAUGACCAUGGUAACUAAUUAGAUGACCAUGGUGACUAAUUGGAUGACCAUGGUAACUAAUUAUAUGACCAUGGUAACUAAUUAGAUGACCAUGGUAACUAAUUAGAUGACCAUGGUGACUAAUUAGAUGACCAUGGUAACUAAUUAGAUGACCAUGGUGACUAAUUGGAUGACCAUGGUAACUAAUUAUAUGACCAUGGUAACUAAUUAGAUGACCAUGGUAACUAAUUAGAUGACCAUGGUGACUAAUUGGAUGACCAUGGUGACUAAUUGGAUGACGAUGGUAACUAAUUAGAUGACCAUGGUGACUAAUUGGAUGACCAUGGUGACUAAUUGGAUGACCAUGGUAACUAAUUCGAUUACCAUAGUGACUAAUUAGAUGACCAUUGUAACUAAUUAGAUGACCAUUGUAACUAAUUAGAUGACCAUAGUUAACUAAUUAGAUGACCAUAGUGAAUAAUUCGAUAACCAUAGUGACUAAUUAGAUGACCAUGGUAACUAAUUAGAUGACCAUGGUAACUAAUUAGAUGACCAUGGUGACUAAUUGGAUGACCAUGGUGACUAAUUGGAUGACCAUGGUAACUAAUUAGAUGACCAUGGUAACUAAUUAGAUGACCAUAGUUAACUAAUUAGAUGACCAUAGUUAACUAAUUAGAUGACCAUAGUAACUAAUUAGAUGACCAUAGUAACUAAUUAAAUGACCAUGGUAACUAAUUAGUUGACCAUAGUGACUCAUUAGAUGACCAUAGUAACUAAUUAAAUGACCAUGGUGACUAAUUGGUUGACCAUAGUGACUAAUUAGAUGACCAUGGUAACUAAUUAGAUGACCAUGGUGACUAAUUGGAUGACCAUAGUAACUAAUUAGAUGACCAUGGUAACAAAUUAGAUCACCUUGGUAACUAAUUAGAUGACCAUAGUGACUAAUUAAAUGACCAGGGUGACUAAUUAGAUGACCAUAGUAACUAAUUAGAUGACCAUGGUAACUAAUUAGAUGACCAUGGUAACUAAUUAGAUGACCAUGGUAACUAAUUAGAUGACCAUAGUUAACUAAUUAGAUGACCAUUGUUAACUAAUUAGAUGACCAUGGUAACUAAUUAGAUGACCAUGGUGACUAAUUAGAUGACCAUGGUGACUAAUUAGAUGACCAUGGUGACUAAUUAGAUGACCAUAGUGACUAAUUAGAUGACCAUGGUAACUAAUUAGAUGACCAUAGUGACUAAUUAGAUGACCAUAGUAACUAAUUAGAUGACCAUAGUAACUAAUUAGAUGACCAUGGUAACUAAUUAGAUGACCAUGGUAACUAAUUAGAUGACCAUAGUGAAUAAUUAGAUGACCAUAGUAACUAAUUAGAUGACCAUAGUAACUAAUUAGAUGACCAUGGUAACUAAUUAGAUGACCAUGGUAACUAAUUAGAUGACCAUGGUAACUAAUUAGAUGACCAUGGUAACUAAUUAGAUGACCAUGGUAACUAAUUAGAUGACCAUAGUGAAUAAUUAGAUGACCAUAGUAACUAAUUAGAUGACCAUAGUAACUAAUUAGAUGACCAUGGUAACUAAUUAGAUGACCAUGGUAACUAAUUAGAUGACCAUAGUGACUAAUUAGAUGACCAUGGUAACUAAUUAGAUGACCAUAGUAACUCAUUAGAUGACCAUAUUAACUAAUUAGAUGACCAUGGUAACUAAUUAGAUGACCAUAGUAACUAAUUAGAUGACCAUGGUAACUAAUUAGAUGACCAUGGUAACUAAUUAGAUGACCAUGGUAACUAAUUAGAUGACCAUAGCAACUAAUUAGAUGACCAUACUAACUAAUUAGAUGACCAUACUAACUAAUUAGAUGACCAUAGUAACUAAUUAGAUGACCAUAGUAACUAAUUAGAUGACCAUGGUAACUAACUACAUUACCAUUGUAACUAAUUAGAUGACCAUGGUAACUAACUACAUUACCAUUGUAACUAAUUAGAUGACCAUGGUAACUAAUUAGAUGACCAUAGUAACUCAUUAGAUGACCAUGGUAACUAAUUAGAUGACCAUGGUAACUAAUUAGAUGACCAUGGUAACUAAUUAGAUGACCAUAGUAACUAAUUAGAUGACCAUAGUAACUAAUUAGAUGACCAUAGUAACUAAUUAGAUGACCAUGGUGACUAAUUAGAUGACCAUAGUAACUAAUUAGAUGACCAUGGUGACUAAUUAGAUGACCAUAGUAACUAAUUAGAUGACCAUGGUAACUAAUUAGAUGACCAUAGUAACUAAUUAGAUGACCAUGGUGACUAAUUAGAUGACAAUAGUAACUAAUUAGAUGACCAUAGUAACUAGUAUGUCAUGCAAAAGUGCAGAUUCCAAGCAGUGAAAUACUUAGUAUAGUAGAAGACUUCCAUUCAUUAAAACACAAGAAUGUACAUAACAAUGGCAGCUACACUUUACAUCUUAAAGAUCUAAAAAAAAAAAAGAGUUGGGAAUGUCCGGCGGGCCAGAUUGAAAAACUUAACGGGGCUCCUCGGGCCUUCAUUUGCCCAAGUUUGUUCCACUUUGAAGGUUCCACUUCAAUCACCGUUAGUUGGCAUACUACUGUGUGUGUGUGUGUAUGUGUGUGUGUGUGUGUGUGUGUGUGUGUGUGUGUGCGCGCGUGUGUGACUUAAGUUGACUUAAAAGUGUAUCAAAUAUGUGAUGUGCACACACGUGGUGCUGUACUGACUCAGGUAAAAAAUAGAGAGCCACACAACACGGGGCCUUCAUUUCAAGCAAAAAAAUCCAACAAAAUAGUAAAUGUCGCUAAAAAUGUUUGUGAAGUGAAAAGCUGAGCUGUAAGCAUUUCACUUUGAUUCUUUGUUUGUCGCCGACUGCGAUGUACUCCAUUCACCUGUGCUGUGUUCAUGACAUGCAAAGUACAACAUUCUCUUUCAGUCAGAAUAUAUUGGAUCACCUACAUGAUGUGGUUACUGUUGAAUGUGUCCACAUCAAAUAUGGCGAGUGUUUGAACAUGUUUAUCUCCUACUCUUGUAAGAUUUUAUAAAGUGUCAAUCUUUCAACA